CUAACGUUAGCUAGUCUACACACACCAUCCCCCUGCCAUUGCCAUCUCGUCCCACCAACUUGAUUUGUCGCCUGCCGUCAUUGCCCUUCUCUAAAUAGGGUCAUGCUCCAGUCAUAGGCUGAGGCCAAGAAUAUUACCUAAUGGUAUUACCAUAUUUUCUGCAAGCUACCAAUCUGAUUCACAUCGAGAAAUUGACUGAGAUGAUUUAUGGCUAACGUUACCAUAUGUUUUGCUGAAUGAUUGAUUCGCUGUCGCUAGCUAAAAGCAUUAAUAUAUUGUUUGACGCGUUCUUAACUAUGUCAUUUAAAAUUAGAGUAAUGAGUAGUCCCCCAAUAACUUAAUUUGCCAGCUAAGCUAAAUAGCCAAACUAACGUUUUUCUGCCAGUUUAGUCAGCUAACGUUAGCUACUUUGGCAGCGAUUGAAUUUGCUAGCUUAACAGCCAAGCUAGGAAAUGUAGCAAUUUGCUGAGUAAUCAUUAUGCAGUGACAAAUGUCAAUAUUUAUUAUACUAUCGAUUGGAGAUGGCAGGCACGGAUAUCGCCCAACUAGCUGUGCAACCUCACCAGUAAGCACAUUUACCGAAUUAAAACUAGCAUAAUCUCGCCAGACUCUAACUAGCCAACUAACUUGCAUUGCAAAUACCCGGCCUAUGCAGCACAGCAAAUAUCAGCCGACUUUAAAAACUGGGGCUAACGAGAUACAACCAGCAGUAAACUAGCUAUCUAGCGAACACUGCACAUAUGUCGAGAUUAAUCCGAGUUGUUUCGCUAGACCGAGACUGCUUUCACUGAAUUCAUGUGUACAGUGUAAUGUUUGUUCCAUAUCACAAUAAUUGUGAAACCACUCAAUCAUGAACAGGAUAUAUUGAGAUGUGACAGCUGCUAUUGCUAGGAGUAGACUACGAGAAGGGUAGAUCAAUUGUGUAGCAGGUGGUCACUAGGAACGACCCCCAGUGGAAGGGUGCCUUUAGUAUUAUUUAUUUACACGUGCCACUACCUACCUACAGUGAAACAAGAGCAAAUUAAAUUUGACACCCCUGGCUACGGCCUAUUGUCUCACACCUACUCAACAUAAUUGACAGCUCAACAAGAGAUUUCUACGCCUGGUUGGGAUUAGUGCCGAGAUUUUGUAAAAAUCCAUCCAAUCCUUUAUUAAAAGUGUAUCGCCUGGGGAUCCGCACAUGCUCUCGGGAAGAUAACUCAUUUUCGGAUGUUCUAUCGAUUCUGGAACACUGGGAAGAGGGGGGAAGUGGCACGUGCCUCAAGAUAUCAUUAGAGAUGUUGAAGUGCUCACCAGCAGGGGUAGCAGGAGUAACACUCCUUUUUAUUUUUGUCGGGUUUGAGAUUGACAAGGCUGUCUACCAACAGCCGUUCUGGAUUUGGGUUGGCGGUAAAGCGUGCGGAAGAGAGCGCGCUCUCUGCAGAGACAUGUGGGUCCCACUGCCAAGGAUGUAGGUGGAGAAGAGCGAGAACCGCACGUUGAACUUUAAACUACAUCUCAAGUUCUGCUUUUCUCUGUUGCUCGCAUUAUAUUAUAUGCGUCUUACAUAUUAGUUAUCAAGGAAGUCUAAUAAAAUGAUUUUAUUUCUUGAGGUCACCUCCAAGGGCGCAGGUCUGAACCCCAAUGCCAAGGUGUGGCAGGCCCCUGCCGAUGGCCCCGACGGAGCACAGUGGCCCCCGGCUGACAUCACUGAAGGUUAUUCUGAGUCUGUGCCCUCCACCGGUUGUAAACCGUACAGGGUAGGCUUCACCACCCUGGAGGACAGCAGCUCCUCCGCAGCAGCCACAGCUGAGAUCACUGUGAACGGCAUGGAUCCUCCAGACCUGGCCUUUACCCCUGCUGAGACUACAACUGGGACCUUGGGGGAGACCAAGCUGACAGAGGAACAGCCCCUCUCGUCAGAGAACCUGACAGAGUCCCUCAAGAAAGAGCUGGAGUUCUACUUCUCUCGGGAGAACCUGUCCAAGGACCUAUACCUGAUGUCCCAGAUGGACAGUGACCAGUUUGUCCCCAUAUGGACCAUCGCCAGCAUGGAGAGCAUCAAGGCCCUCACUACUGACAUGGAGCUCAUCCUGGACGUGCUCCGAUCCUCUCCAAUGGUUCAGGUGGAUGAGCAAGGAGAGAAGGUGCGCCCUGAUCACAAACGCUGCAUCAUCAUACUGAGGGAGGUUCCUGAGACGACACCUGUAGAGGAAGUGGAGGCUCUCUUUAAAAGUGAUGACUGUCCGAAAGUCAUUAGUGUAGAGUUUGCGCACAACAACAACUGGUACAUCACAUUCCAAUCUGACACUGAUGCUCAACAGGCACACAGAUAUCUAAGAGAAGAGGUGAAAACAUUUCAGGGAAAACCUAUCAUGGCGAGGAUAAAAGCCAUCAACACAUUCUUUGCUAAGAAUGGCUACCGUAGCAUGGACAGCAGCCUGUACACAGCCCAGCAGUCUGCCCCAACCCAGACCCAGUACAACCCUAACCUGUACAUGCAACACGUGUACAGCCCUCAGCAGCAGUACCCUCUCUACGGCAUCGUACCACAGACCUGGACAACCUCUCCUACACCCUACUUCGAGACUCCUCUGGCACCAUUUCCCAACAGUGGCUUUGUGAAUGGAUUCAGUUCUCCUGGACACUACAAGACUGGCAACAACUCCCUCCACAUAACUCGCCCCUUCAACAGAAACCGGAACCAUGUGAAACCCCAGGUGGGGAGACCAGGUGAAGUGACCCCUACAUCUGUGGCCCCUGUCCCCCUGGAGAGCUUGACUGGCCUGAGGAGCCCUCAGCCCCCCACCACCAACCCUGGGCCCCUCCAGACCCCUCCGGACCCGACCUCAACCUUCCCCCACCUCUCCUCCACCUCCUCGGACCCCAAUGAUGACGGAAGCAUGUCUGUACGCGGAAGAAGGACGACAUACAGAGGCACGCGAAGGAGGAGAGAGGAUGAGCGGAUCACGAGACCCGUCCCUCUGGCUGAGGUAAAGGUGGCGCCCCCUAAGUUUGACCUGGCUACUACUAGUUUCCCCCCGCUGCCGGGCUGUGUGGCCAGUACCCAGGGAGAGCCCCUACUGGAGAACAGGAUGUCUGACGUGGUGCGAGGACUGAACAGGGACAAGACAACGGAACUAGCCAACAAGGAAGUGAGUGCUGGCCCAGCCUCAGCCCCAGGACAUGAGGAGGUAGUGUCUGUCUCUAGUCUUGUUCAGCCUACAGCCAAACUUGCUGUACACCCUCAAGCACCCCCCGCCCCUGUCCCAGCCCCCAGCGUACCACAUCAGGAGAAGAAGUGGGAUAGAGUGGCAGAGCCCUCAGCCCCCAAAGUCACGCCACAUAGACGUGCUAUCUCUGGGGCCAACCCAACCGGACCCCCCUCCACACAGCCAGCUGUGUCUGGCCCCAAGCCCCAAGCCAGAACAGUGUCCUCUACACCAGUUACACCGAGCACCCUGGCCUCCACCACCACCACCACCACUACUACUACCAAUGCACCACUUGAGCCCCGCAAGCUCAGCUAUGCCGAGGUGUGCCAGCGAGCCCCCCCUCCAGGCCCCCCAGCCUCGGCCUCAUCCACACCAACCCAGCCGCUGCGUGAGCAGCGUGUCAACAAAGCAGAGGAGCCAGGAUCCAGCUCCACCACCAGCCCAGACGACCACACCAGGGGAGAUCGGCAGGACAAGGCCCAGGAGAGGGAUGGGGGCUGGGAGUGCAAGGAGAGCCGACCACGUGACCGUGACCAUCGAGACCGUGACUCCCGGGAUGGACGGUACUAUCGCAACAAUGGACCCCCCAGACAGGGGGGCUCUGGGGGCCUCAAGUUCCAUGAACAGAGACGGGGUCCCCAACUGGCCCGACGCAGCUCCCCCCAAGGAUGCCCCCGACACACUGGCAAAGAGCAGAACAUCCCCCCGGUAUCGCCAAAGUAAAACUUCUGAUAUGACUGAUGAAAACAAACAAACAAAAGUGUGAUAUAUAUAUAUAUAUAUAUAUAUAAAGAAAAUCAAUGCAUAUAAAAGUAACAACCUUAGUGGUAAACCCCCCCCGCCUCCUGGAACAUUGUCCCAGAGAAAGAAAGAAAAGCUUUGUUAUUGAAGUUAAAAUGGAAGCCUGGUGACAUCCAGGAGAAAGAACCAACAUCUAAACAAGUAUCGCCCUACUUUCGGAGUGAUUUGAAAAAGGAAAAAAUAUAUCAUUUAGGCCUCGUAAACAAAUCUAUUAUUAGCCGAAUUUAAAAACAGUGAUUUAUUUGGAGUUAGUUUCCUUUGCCUCUCUGCUGGGGAGAGGUUGUACACUGGGCCCUGUAUUAAGGCCCUCUACAUUUUUUAGAUUUUAAACAAUAGAUGUUGGUCUACAAGGAACAUAUGCACUAAAGAACUUAACAUACAUGCAUAUGUUGUGUACAUAACAAAGAUAUCACUAACAACGACUAGUUUUUUUUUUUUUUUGCUGUACGUUCGUCAAGGAUGAAUGACUGACUGAAAUAAGAUGUGAUUGAUUGAGAUCAGUUUUUUGCUUUGUUUUGUUGCUAAGCAAACAGAUUGGAACAGAGUGCUACAGUUCAGUUCAUUGGUUUUCAUGGAACAAAUGAACAAAGAAUCAACUACCUGAAAUUGGCCAGUUAGACAUGAUCCUCUUAAUAAUGUUUAUUCAUGAAAAAUGUUAAUGAUAUGAGCGUUGUUAAUGAUUGGCUCACCUAUGUUAUCAGUAAAGAAUUCAACCAAAAUAAUUGGUAAUAAUGAAGUUACAGUUGUAUGCCCCGCCCCCCCCAGCUGUCUAUGUGGCAUAUACAGGUAACUGCCAAAAUAAAGGAAACCCCAACAUAAAGUCUCUCUUAAUAGGACAUUGGGCCACCACGAUCUGCCAGAACGGCCUCAGUGCACCUUGGCAUCAUAGAUUCUCCAAGUGUCUGGAACUGUAUUGGAAGGAUGUGACACCAUUAUUCCACAAGAAAUUCCUAAUUUGGUGUUUUGUUGGUGGUGGAAAACGCUGUCUCAGGCGCCACUCCAGAAUCUACUAUAAGUGUUUAAUUUGGUUGAGAUCUGGUGACAGCCAUGGCAUAUGGUUUACAUUGUCAGUGCUCUGUGGAUGGGGGCAUUGUCAUCCUAUAUUGGCAUAGCCAUGGUAGCCAAAAUAAUGGCCUGGCCAGUACUUAUUUAUUCAACCUUAAUUGUGAUGGGAUGUUAAUUGCUUAAUUAACUCAGGAACCACACCGGUGUUGAUCUCAUUUAUUUAAGUGUUUCCCUUAUUUUGUCAGCUAACUGUAUGUGACUCUGCUUUGUUGUUGCAAACUGAGGUCCACUUGGGGUAAGAGCAUUCCUCAGCCUGUUUAGAUCGCAGUUUCCUGUUCAUUUUCAAGUUAUUUCAUCUCUUAUAUUCAUUUCCUGAUAUAUUUGUAUUUGGAAACCUAGGAAAUGUAUAUGUUGAUGGGUGCCAGUCUGUUUCUGCCUUUACUUAUGGAAUUGUCAUGUUUGGCUUGACAUUGACAACAAUGGGGUUGGUAAGAGCACAAAUAGAUCUGGGACCAGGCUGAAAGGUUGACACGGUCAAACCUGACUGCUUAGGUUGACAAGUGCGCCUGAAUGGUCUUGGCAAGAUCUGUUUGGUUUCUCCCCACAUCAAUGCAGGAUAUUCAGGUUUAGCAACUCAUUUUUGUGUAUUGUAAAAAAUAAAUUAAAAAAAUAUUGUUUAGAAGUAUCAGAUUGAGGUAGGGGUAGUGCAGUGUUUCCCCAAACUCAGUCCUCCCCUGGGUGCACGUUUUAGUUUUUAUCCAAAUGCCACACGGCUGAUUUCAAAUAAUCAAAACUUGAUGAUGAGUGUCAUUUCAAUUGGCUGUGGCGUGCUAGGGCAAAAACCAAGAUGUGCUCCCGGGACUGGGUUUGGGAACCCUGGGCUAAAGCGUGCUGUUAACAGAGAUGGAUUUAGCUAUCCUAUAUAGUAGAUUUGGCAGCCAAGUAAAGGGUUAAACAAUCAGACCAUUUUCAUGUGCUAUGUGCCAGCUGCCUAUAGUUCUAGUUGACGUGGUAGGGUAAGCUUUCUGUGUCCCAAAUGGCAUCCUAGUCCCUAUAUAGUGCCCUAACUUUUGACCAGGGCCCUCGUCGAAAGUAUUGCACUAUAUAGGGACCAGGAUGCCAUUUGGGACGAACACUAGUUGAAAGGUCGGCUUAGUAAUGUAGUCCUUCAGGGGGUAAACUCUUUGUCCCAGUUGAACUGAAGAGGUGUCGUAUCCUAUGCUGUAUGGUAUUAUUAUUAACCCUUUGCUAGAGCCGUGUGUGGACGAAUGUAUUGGUUCUAAUGCUGAACAUCCAGAGGAAGGGAGGCUGACUUUUGUCAAAGAUGUUAUCUACCACCAUAUUGUUUAUUUUUAGGGGGAGUUUGCAGUUCUAAAAUUGGAUAAAAACAGACAGAAAUUUGACAUGGGGAUUUUCAGUUUGGACUGUACCACAUUAUUUUACUUAAAUUGUAUUUAUUUUAAUCCUACUGUUGGUUGGCUGGUUUCCCCAAGGUGUGUGUGUGUGUGUGUGAGUGAGAGCGAAUUGGCAAAGAAGCACGCAGAUGAUGACAUUGUAUAUUGUUUGAGAUUUCAGCUGAGAGAAAUACUUGAUGCAUUGACUUUGGGUUUCGUAAUGCGGUUUAUAAUUGAGUUAAUCACUCACUGAGGCUGUAUUCAUGAAUGAGUUGUGAGCAGCUAGGGAUGUAGUGUGGUGAUGCACUAACUUGUUUUUAAAAAGAAUCUUACUGUUCAAGUAGUGUGAAAGACUUUUAGAAGCAUAUGGUAAUGAUAUUAAUGUUGACAAGCUUGAGAAUCUACAGGAAUAGUUUUUUUUCUCUUUUUUUUUCUUUUUUUCUCCAUAAUGUUUUCAGUAGAAUUCUUCUGUAAAUUUGAGGUGGCAACAAGCAAAUAUAGCAACGGAUUGAUUUUAAGUGUUUGAGACACUAAAUUCUAGAACUCUGUAUGAAACGUCACCCCAAAAAAAUAAAUUAUUUUGAUUUGGC